AUGGAUGCACACGGCACGGGGCACAGUCAAAUAAUUGAAAUCAGGGUAGAUCUGAAUGAUCCAGGAAGGAAGAUUUGCGGGGAAGCACCAUGUGGAUUCUUAGAUGCCGGAUCCAUCUCUCUGGAUUCCAAAGAACGUUCAACUUCCAUGCGGAAGCUUUUGACGGCAGUGAUCCUCUGUGUUAUUUUCAUGACCGUUGAACUAGUUGGCGGCAUCAAAGCAAACAGUCUUGCAAUAUUGACUGAUGCAGCGCAUCUUCUUUCUGAUGUUGCAGCGUUUGCCAUCUCCUUGUUUUCUUUGUGGGCUGCAGGAUGGGAAGCUACUCCUCGUCAAUCAUAUGGGUUUUAUAGAAUAGAGAUUCUCGGUGCUUUGGUUUCUAUCCAGUUAAUAUGGCUGCUUGCUGGGAUUAUUGUAUACGAAGCCAUAGAUAGACUCAUUACUGGUUCUAAAAAUGUUGAUGGGUUUAUAAUGUUUCUAGUUGCUGCAUUUGGUCUCGUGGUUAACAUAAUUAUGGCUGUGUUAUUAGGUCAUGAUCACGGCCACGGUCACGGUCAUGGUCACGAUCAUGGCCACGGACACAGUCACGGACUUACAGUUUCUACUCAUGAUCUUACAAAAGACGAGCACCAUCAUCAUGAGCACGGUCAUCAUACUCAUGACAACCACACUCACCAUGAUGAAGAAAAUCAUUCAAAAGAUCCAUACAAUCAUACUCACGAAGACCACAUUCACCAUCACACCGACAAAGGUGUUUCUGAACCACUUCUCGCCGAAUCAAAAGACAAGUCCAAGAAGAAGAGAAACAUAAACGUGCAGGGCGCUUAUCUUCACGUUCUCGGCGACUCCAUCCAAAGUAUUGGAGUAAUGAUUGGAGGAGCAGUGAUAUGGUAUAAACCAGAAUGGAAAAUAGUUGAUUUAAUUUGCACUCUCAUCUUUUCAGUAAUUGUAUUAGGGACAACAAUCAACAUGUUGCGAAACAUUUUGGAAGUUCUAAUGGAAAGCACGCCUCGAGAGAUCGAUGCUACUCAGCUUGAAAGGGGGAUAUUAGAUAUUGAAGAAGUUGUAGCUGUUCAUGAGCUGCACAUUUGGGCCAUUACAGUUGGGAAGAUUUUAUUAGCAUGUCAUGUUAAAAUCAACCGUGAUGCCGACGCAGAGGUGGUGUUGGACAAGGUUGUAGACUACAUCAGAAGGGUUUAUAACAUCAGUCAUGUAACUAUACAGAUAGAGCGCUAG